AGGCUUGCUUAAAUUCCCAAGUGUCCAGUUAAGAAAUAGACAGCUGUCUCUUUAAAUGCCAUUUCCUCCCAUUGUAUUUGAAUCGUGAUCAGGAAAGAGGAUGUGAAACCAGAGAGGCACAGAGGGGAGACCAUCAGGGCUGGCUUCAAUAAAUGGUCUAUUAGCAAUACUAGCAGCUACGGCAGCCCCGGACCCGGGUCAUAAUGAAGGCGGAGGAGCCAGGGAUGCUCCACGCUACCUCCGCAGUGCAGGAAGCCCUCUCCAGGCAGACGACCUAAUCCAGGCAGCGAGCUGACUCCGGGAUAAGCACAGCGGUGACAGCUGAGCGCCGGCCGCGAGCGCCAGCAGCAGCAGCAGCAGCAACAGCGGGCUCUUCCCAGCGACCAGUCGCGCAACCCGAGCAGGAGGAGCGUCCCGAGGAUGGGCGCUUAGCUCCGAAGGGAUCGCCUCGCCUGCCCAGACAGCUCCGGGAACGCGUGCGGGCUAAGGGGCCGCGCGGUCAAUCUCAUCCUUGCCGGCGCGCCGCCAGACCCCCAGCCCUACCCCUCCGUCCGUCCCUCGGCGUUACAGGCGGGCCACCCUGUGGAUGUCAUUGAGGGUGGAGGUGCCGCUCUGCUCGCCGCCGCCGCCCCCGUAAAGGCACUCGGGAGCUGGCGAGCCUUUGUAGGGGAUAAACCUUGCCACGGACCAGCCUAGAGUCACGACGGCCGCCGCCGCUACAAAGGAGCGACCCCUGCCAAUGUCAUCAUCGGCCAUCGAAAGGAAGAGCCUCGAGCCCUCCGAGGAGCCAGUGGAUGAGGUGCUCCAAAUCCCCCCUUCUUUGUUAACAUGUGGAGGUUGUCAGCAAAACAUUGGGGAUCGAUACUUCCUUAAAGCCAUUGACCAGUACUGGCAUGAAGAUUGUCUGAGCUGUGAUUUAUGUGGGUGCCGACUUGGAGAAGUGGGAAGGAGACUAUAUUAUAAACUGGGCAGAAAGCUCUGUCGAAGAGACUAUCUCAGGCUUUUUGGACAAGAUGGUCUCUGUGCCUCCUGCGAGAAGAGAAUCCGAGCCUAUGAGAUGACCAUGAGAGUAAAGGACAAAGUGUACCAUCUGGAAUGCUUCAAGUGUGCUGCUUGCCAGAAACAUUUUUGCGUUGGUGACAGAUACCUUCUCAUAAACUCAGAUAUAGUAUGUGAGCAAGACAUCUAUGAGUGGACUAAGAUCAAUGGAAUGAUGUAACUCACUUGUGCCUCAUAGUCUUAAAUACAUUUCAUGAGUGACAUAUAUUUUUGGCUAUGGUGAGGUUAUUGCUCACAUCUAUAUGCUUUCUGUAAGGACAGGGGAAAUGGAACAGAAUACAUAGGCAUUGCAUCUAAUAAAAUAAGUGACGAUUGAAUAAAAGGCAACAUUAUUUCUUUUAGCAAAUGUACUGUGAUAAUAAACUGACAUUAUUAGAGUUAUUAAUUGAAACGAAUACAAAGCAACAAUGGAUACUUUUAAACUGAAGUACGAUUAGCUAACUUUGUGGAUUUAUCUUCUCUAACCUGGUACUUUUCAGAUGAAUCGAGUCUACAAAUCCCUAGAAAUCUAGCAAUUGUUGUCCUAAGAUGUCUGGCACAUGCUGGCUUCAAGGGUGGCCUUAACACUCACAAACCAAUUUGUUAAAUUUUGCUUAUUUUGUAUCUAUCUAGAGUUAAUCCCAGCAUUAAUAUUAAAUGUAAGAGCAUCAGGAGACUUGUAUGUCUGAAGAAGAAGGGGCUUUCAAAUAAGUGUAUCCCCCCACUUUAAUGAUACUCUUCUUUUUAAAAAUGAAAAUACAAUUUUUGUACAAUUACAAUUGAACAAGUACAAUUGCUCCAGUGCAAAAGAUGAUAUCUCAUCAGAUAUAAUUAAAUCCUUGUGAAAUCCAUGAGAGUUAAUGGCAUGUAACUGGAGAGGGAGGAAAGACUGCAGCCUUAAAUGGUAAUUAUUUCAAAUAAUGCAUAGCUACCUUCUGUUAAUAUUGUUGGAAGGUGAGGAAUUACUACUCCUUUCUAUACAAUAUUUUUUUAAGUUCUUCAACUAUUUUAUUAGAAAAUGUAAAUAUAUUAUUGUAUGUAGUAAGAUACUGCAGACUUCAUUAAAUAGACUUGAUCGAAGAGUUGUGACAUUUUUCAUUCAAUAAACUGGCAGCUUUUUUAUUAUUUUAGUGCAAUAAAUAUAUGGUUCUUGUAUGGCUCAUUUAUUUGUACAGAGUAUCUUGCUUUGAGCUCAGAUUUUGUUUGAAAACAACACUGUUACUCACUGCAUUAAAUAGAUUCAAAGGAGAAAAUUUAAGUCUUCCUAAUAAUAGAAGAGAUUAAUUUCCCCAAUCUUUUGAAGAUUAGUUAUCCUUUGAUUGCUAUGUGCAUUGCAAUAUAUAUUGUAGGUGCCUCUCACAUUAAUUUGUGAUGUGACUAGUCAUGACUAAUGUCAUGAAUUAUUUGACUCCUCUAGUCUCCCUACAUAUGCCACCUAAAAUUGUUUAGAUUAAAAUGGGUUGAUGCUUUAGCUGUGAUUCUGAUAUUAUCCUUCCAUUUUGAGAACAGAAACAUUUGCAAAGCAAUUCCUGACAUGUAGCAAUGCACAUCAGCUUUCACAUCUUUCCAGAGCAGCCUUAUUAUGCAUGUUGAUAUGGAAUUAAGUUUUUCAGUAUUCAGUGAGAUAAUAUUUUCUAUAAAGUAUACUUAGGAUUGUAAUUAUUUUUCUUUAUUCUUUAACUUUCAAAAGUAUGAAGAGUUAAUGCAGCUUUAAUAACCACCCCUUAAUUCAUCCAUAAACAGUAGAUAACUUGCUUUUCUUGAAACUGAAAAGCAAGUGAUUUUUUACAAAGGCUGCAUGCAGUUCAGUCACUCAUUUAAUGCAAUCCCCUGAAUAAGCAUUAAAGAAAUUUUGGUGUAAUCUUGCCAUUAAUUUUAUAUAAGCAGAAAGGUUAUAGCAGAAUUCAUGGUGUUUAAUAAGUCAUGCUAAAAAUAUGAAUUUCCAACAAAUAUAUUUAUUUUGGAGUGGAAGCUCUACCCAUUGUUUAAACAAACAAUGUCUUGAUGGGAUAUUAUGAAAUGAUGUUUUUACAUAGUAAAACAAUGAAACAAAAUUGAACAGAAAAGUGGAAUUGAAAUUGAACAGAUUCAGAUAUCAAUCUAAAAUGUCUUGGACAUUGUACUUAAAUUUGUAACAUCUGUUAGACCAGUAAUAUUUUAUUUGGUCUAGUAGUUACCAAUCUACCACCAUUUACACCUGUACUAAAAAACCAGCCAAAUAAUUUUGCCUACAGAUUUAAAAAGUCCUGAUAUCCCAUACAUUCUUGGAAGAAAAAACUGUGACAAUGAAAGUCACCCAUUCUGCAGAAAUAUCUUAUUUACCAAAUAAGAUAUUUUUUCCCUCCACCCUUCAAAAAGUACUUUAAAGUUGGAAUCUUAGAUCAGCUCAAAAUAAUUUAAAUUAUUGAAAAAAGAAUAGUUAAAAUGCAAAAAUGGUUGCAAAAAGUGGCUGCUGAAAAAAUGGACUCUUUAAAAUUAUACAUUGGUUCAGACAUUGCUUCCCUUGUGAAUUUUAAUCCUUUUGUAGUUCCAUAAUAGGGCGUCUCUUUUUCCUUUUUCCUUUUCUUUUCUUGUUCAGUUACCAUACUUAUUCUUUAUCUUUAUCCAUUCCAUUCCAUUUCACUUUUUGUCCCUUCUAGGUAUGUCCUCAUAGCUUUUCUUUUUUCUUUUGUUAGUGUUUUUAUUAGAUGAAGUAUAUUUUUGUGUGUGGGAGUGUCAGUGUGACAGAGACCAAAAUAAAGGUUUGUGCAUCAAAAGGAGAAAGAAUAUUUGGGAUAUACUGAUGGGAAUUUCAACUAAUUUUAAUUCUAUUGUUUUACUUUUUUUCUCCCUUGGCCCAUCCAUUUUGAAUUGUGGAUUGAUAAAUACAUGAGGAUGUGACCUGCACAAUUUAUGAAUUAUGGUGAGCAAGGAUUGGUUUCAGCCAGAGUUAGUAAGCCUAGGUUAGCAAGAAAGGGAAGCUGGUACAUUGCAGGAUUUUUUAUCUUUUUGACUGACUCUCCCCCUCCCUCCAUCCCCCCCUCUCAUCUGUGUAAAUAUAGUAAGCAAAUUUUCUAGGGGAAAAAAUAAAAUUUUCUCACAGGUUUAGUUAUACUCACAUGAGAAAUUACUGAACUUAUUAAAAUUAACAUGAAUUGCAUUUCUCUAUAUACUUGUUAUAGCAAAGUCAUGACAAAUCAUUUCCAUUGAUCUGUAUGAAAACAUAAGCACUAUCACAGCAAAGGUAUUUUGGAGAAAAUCAUUUUUUUUAAAGUUUUAUUAAACAGCUAAUUAAACCAUACUAAAUGAAGUCAGUUAACAGCGAAACGGACAUGGAUACUGGAUUACAUUAUAUUUUGUCUGAAUUUAAUACAAGUUUUAAAAGCCUAUCCAUUUUUUAUUGUCCCCAUUAUUCAAUGUCAUGCUUUGAAGAUGAGAGCGUUACCUGCAGUAUUACUUUUCCUCUGUCUCCUUGGUUGGAGAAAAUGUACCAUAACGAAACAUAAUGAAACUUUUAAAUAGACAGCAUAAAUGUAGAGCAAUUAUUA